AAUAUUAAUAAAAAUUGCUUUUAUAUUUACAGAAUACUGACUGCAAUAUGGUAUAUGUACAACACACACCGGAUAUUUGCAAUUUCUUGGGACUUUCAGCAUCAGACAGUAUUCCGUCAACUAAACUAAUUAAUACAAAAUCAGGCAAUGAUAAUUCAACUAAAGCUAGUGCUGAUACUGGUGAACAUCCUGCAGAAAAAACUGGCUCUAUUGGGGCAAUAUUGGCUGGCAUAUUAUCGGUAACCUUCUUUGUUGCCGUCAUUGGUGUUUUAGCCUUUUCACCAGAACGUCGAAAUAGUAUCAAAAGUCUAUUUAGACGCAGCACCUCUGCGGUAAGAUAUUCAAGAGUACGAAUGAAUGAGGAAGCUAAUUUACUAUUGGAACCAAAUGGUGAAUUUACAGACAGCGAUGACGAUAUGUUACUUUAGAUAAUUUGAAAUAAAUGGUGUAGUGAUUAAUUAGCAUGUAUAUACAUUUAUAUAAUAUAUAUAUAUGUAUGUAUAUAUAAGUAUAUAGGAAGAGGGCACUGAGUUUUUAUGCAAAUGGCAACAUAUUUUUUUAAAACUAAGACGAAAAUAAAAACACCAAAGAGUAUAUAUUCUAAAAGGAAAAAAAUGAAAUCUAUGAUCUUUAUAGUUAACCUCGUAUAUGUAUAUAAAUAUUUUGAAAAUUUGUAAACCACCAUAUACAUACUAUUAUAUCUUAAU